AAGCGCCCUUCUGCUUCAGGAUGGGGCCCCGGCCCCUGCCCCGCUUCCUGUGAACAAGCCAGCACCUGAGGUUCCUGUGGGGAUGCCUGUCUACCACCACCAGUCGGACUCUCUCGAGAUGGACUCUGACAUGUCACCCAGCUGCAGACGCAGUGACUUGAGCAGAGGAGGGAGUCUGGAGAGCCGGAGCAGCAGCUCUCGGUCCAGAAGUUUCACUUUGGAUGAUGAAAGCCUCAAGUACCUCACACAUGAGGAAAAAGAUGUCAUCCUGUUCUUUGAAGAGACUCUGGGUUCCCUGGAAGAUGACUUGGACGAGCCAGUGUGUGACAGCGGCAUUCACUGCCAGUCUCCAACGUCCCUGGAAGACAGCCCGUCCAGUCACUCCGAGCCUGAAGAUGUCAUCGAUUUAGUGCAGCCUGGACCUGCAGCUGGGGACGUGGGGUGCCUUCCCGACCCGUCUCAGAUCGCAGGGGCUGCGCCUGUGGAGGAGGACGACGCCGACCUGGAGGCCGGGCGGGCCGCGCGCUCAGGCGCGGCGAGAGGGAGCGCGGCCGCUGAGUCUCCGGGCUGCUCUGCGCCGCAGACCUCGCACUCAGGGCCCGUCG